AUGCUUGUUUUAACAGAAAAUAUUUUCAAAAAAUCAAAUAAUUCAAAGAGUUCGGGAAACGAAACAUUUUUUAAAAGUAACAGCGCACAAUUAAAAGUAAUAGCAAAGAGAAUUACUCCAUACUGCAGAGAAAUAUCAAAAAAUAAAAAAGUAUUAAUAAAAACUCGUAAGUAUUUAAGCAAUAUUAAUAAGAUAAAAUACAAAUAUUCAAAUUCAAGAAAUAAUAUAGGUAAUUCCCGAUUUAAAAAAAAAUUGAAGACAUCUCCAAUAGAAAAAAAAAAGGAUUUAUGUCAACUAGAAAUCUUUUCAAAAAGUAAGAAGAAAAAUCAAGUUAUAGCAAGUAGAGUUAACUAUAAUAUUAUAUUCAAAAAAUUUUAUUUAAAAAAUAUUGAAGAUCAAACAAAUUUAUUUUUAUUACAUUUAAGAGCUAAAGAACGAAAAAAAAUUCAUAGAAAAGAAAAAUCAAAAAAGGACUUAUUAAAUACCAAAGAACUCCCAUUAGAAAAUCUUAAAGAUACUUAUGAAAAAGAUUUUGAUAACUUACAUAAAUUAAGUAAUAUUCUAUAUCAUAAGGUAAAAAAUAAACAUUAUUUAGAUAAUAAUGAUACAAAAAAAAAACAAUUCUAUGAUAAAAAAGUAGAUAAUUUAGAUUUUGCUGACAUACUUCAAAAUAAUGCAGUAUUAGACACACCAUUUAGCAAUAAUGAUAAAUUUUUUAAACCAUAUGUAAAAACACAUAUGUCAAAAUUUCUAAUUCUUAAUAGUUAUGAUAAACGAAAAUUAUUAAGUAAUAGUUUAAUAGAUUCAAUUAUAACUUUAUCUAACGAAUUAAAUAGAACAAACGAAAAAAAAGAUAAUUUUAAAUAUGAAAAUGAAAAAAAUGAAAAAAAUGUACUUCAAUAUGCAAAUAAAAUACUACACGAUAGUUAUGUUCAUUGUGAUCUUAGUAUUAGUGUAAAAAAAAGUGAAAUUAAAAAAUUAGAAUGUAAAAUAAAAAAGUACAGUGAUGUACCGCACUUUUAUUUUAGAAAUUUAUCAAAAAGUAUAGAUUACAAAAAUAAGAAUAACCAUAAAAAUAAGUGUAAUAAUUACAGUAUAUAUUAUGACAGUGAUUAUAGAAUUUAUUAUGAUAGAUUUUUCAUGGACCAAUAUAAUAACAAUGAAAACAAAUAUGUAUAUGAUGAGAAAAAAAAAAAAAAUGCAUUUUCUUUAAAUUCUCACAUAUAUGCAAAUUGUUAUUCUGAUAAUUACUUUUCAGAAAGAAAAAAAAAAAAAAAAAAAAAGCGUGAAUUUCAUCAUAUCUAUAAGUCAUUUAAUCACAUAAAUAAGCAAAAAGAAAAGAAAUUUUCCCUUACAAAAAAAGGUAAUCAGAAUAUUAAUUUUAAAUUCAUUUUAGAUAAUCAAAAAAUUAAUAAAAGUGAUGUUAAAGAAUCAUACGCAUUAAAACAAAUAGAUAAUAUUAAUAAAAAUUUUAAGUCAAAAAAAAAAAAAUCUGUAGAAACAGAUAUAGUUAAUAAAAUGUCAUUUUACAUAAAUAGAGACAAAUGUAACGAAUUCUUUAAUUAUAAUAACAAUAAUAAAAUAACGAAUAGUAACAUAUUUUACAAUUCUAAUGAUUACAAUCAUAUUAAUACUAAAAGUAGUUGUAUAAACAUGUACAAUAAAACAAAAUGUAUUGACAAAAAUAAAAAUGAUGAAUUAUGCAAAACAAAUAUUUCAAACGAUUAUAGUAAAAUAUAUUCCUGUAAUUCAUUACAUUAUAUUAAAAAGGAUCCAACUAUUUUUACAGACUCAAAUGAGUAUAUUUCUACGAAAGAUAUUCAUUUUAAGAAAAAAUUAAAAGAAAAUUAUAAUUUAAAAGAUAACUAUCUAAAAGAAACUGUUUACACGGAGAAAUAUUCUCUAAAUAAAAAAGUAAAUUUUAAAAAUGAAAAAAAAGAAACAUAUGUAUAUAAAAUUAAUAAAGCAAAUGAAAAUAAAAACAAUGAAAAUGUAGUAGAUAAAUGUAGUAAUAGUUUAAGUGAAAAUGUAUGUAACUUCAAUAGUUCCAUUUUUUCUAAAAAUGAAAAUAAUAAAUUUAUAAUUUCAAAUAUAGUAAAUCCUAGUAGUAACAAAAAUAUCUCUGAAAACGUAAAUAUAAGUUCUCAUGAAGAUUUAAUGAUUGAUUUUAAUAUAAAUAAUAAUAUUAAUAAUAGAGAGAAAAAUCAUAUUAGUAAUAAUAAUGAUUGUAAUAAUAAUGUCAGCAGUAAUUAUAAUAUUAGUUGUAAUAAUUUCAUCAUAAAUAAUAGUAUCAACGACAAUAAUGAUAAUAAUGCUAUAAAUACUUAUAAUGAUUAUAAUUUUAACGUAAACAAUGUUAAAAGAAAUGAUUCGUUUAUUAAUACUUAUGAAAACAAUAUUAAUAAUAGGGGAUUUAAUAAAAAAUGUAUAAAUAACUAUGUAGAUGAUAAUAUCAAUUGUGAUUAUUUUAGAAAUGUACGUAACAGUUUAGGUAGAUGUUUUAAAAAUGAUCAUAUGAAAAAAAAUAUUUUUUGUAGUUCAAAUAGUCUAAAUAAUAAGAACAAUCAUAAUUUUAUAUGUAAUGUAUCAUCCGAAAAUAAUAAUAACACAAUUAAAAAUAAAAAUAAUAAUAUUUCUAUGAACUUAACGUCUUUACAGAAUAAUAUAAAUAAUAAUUUUCUUUGUAACGAAAAUAAGGAAAAUAAUUCCGAAUUAAUAAUAAAUAAGUUUACAGAAUUAAAAAGUUUGACAUCAAGCAUAAAUUCUACGUUUAGUGGAGAUUUAUUUAAAACUCCUAUAGAAUCAAAUAUAGAAAAUCACAAUUUUAAUAAUUCUGCUAAUUUUAUUUCUGAAGACAUUAAAAGUUUACGUAUUAUUAAAUCAAAACAUAAGAAAGAAAGAUUAACCAGUAAAACAUCUUUAAUAAUCGAUUCCAUAAAUUCACAUUCUAAUGAUAUUAAUUUGAUAACACAUAAUAAGAGGUUUAAUAAUUUAUUAUUUAAUAAAGAUAUAAAAAUGAAUAGCAAUGAUCAUGAUUUUUUAGUGGAUGAAUGCUUAAUGAAAUGUUUGAAAGAAAAUUCAUCAAAUUUUAGAACAAAUGAAGAUUAUGAAAGGUACUGCAAUGAAGACAAAAUACUAAAUCCAGAUUAUAUACCCUUAGAAUCUAAAAAACUUGGAGAAAAAUUCUUAAAAAGUCAAAAGGAGUUAUUUUCUUCCUUUACUAAUAACAAUUUUAUUUACGAAUCAAAUAUCAUUAAUGCCGAAUGUGGUAACAGCUGUUUUAAAAAUGAUAAAGGUUAUGACUUAUUUAGUGAUUCCAAUAAAAAUCAUGUUAAUAAUAUGAGUAUUAAUAUAUACAAAAACAAGGAUUACAUAAAAGAUAAAAAUAAUAAUUAUAAUAAUAACAUUACAUACAAUAAAAAUUAUAUAAAUUCUAUAAAUAACGAAUAUUACAUGAAAAAGAGUAAUGAUCACACUAAAGACAAAUUUAUUAAAUACUAUGAAGAAUAUGCUAAUAAAGAUAAUAAUGAAAACGAAGAAAAGAAAUUAAAUUAUACAGAUUGCUAUGAUUUUAAAAAUUCCUUAUUAAAUGGAUUAAGUAGAGAUGAUAGUUUCUAUUCUGAUGAUGAUGUAAGAAAUGAUGACAAUGAAACAAAUUUUUUAAAAGAUUCAUUAAAUUCUUUUGAUAAUUUGGAAUCUACAGAAAAAAAAUAUGAAGAAAUUUUACGCGAUUUUAAUGGAAAAAUACCAUUGCUGCAUAAAGUAUUAAAACCUUUGCCACCAAAAAAUAGAUCUAAUAAUUUUGACAUUUGUUUAUAUUUAUUACAAAAACAUGGAGGUGACUUAAAUAACGAAGAAAAUAUUUGCAUAUUAAGAGAUAAGGAUAUCGUUGAGCAUAGUGCUAUAUAUGAUACGAAAAAGAACUGCAUAAAAAGUAAUAUUACAAAUGUAACAAAUAUAAAAUUGUAUCAUCCUAAAUGGUACAACAAAAAAAAAAUUAUUGAAAGAAUGAAGGAGCAAAGUUGCUAUAAUCCCUUUACAAUAUUUGGAUCAGCACCAACUUUAUUAGAUUUCGAUGAAGUUUUUGAUAAAGAUGUAUAUAAUAAAUUUGUUUCAAGAAAUAGUCGUAAAUCUCAUUCCUUAUUAAGAAUAUUAGCAAAACAAAAAGUUAUAAAUAAUUUAAGUGAUAAAAUAUCGGAUAAGGAAUGGCCACAGGUUCAUGCAUAUUUAAAGAAAAGAUGGAGUAAAGAAACCAAUUUAGAAUUAAAUUGGGCAUGUGAUCCACUAUUGUAUGAAGAACUAGAGUGGUAUUUAAGUACAAAUAAUGAAUAUCUUAAUAUGACAGAUAAAGUAGCUGAUAUUGAAGUUUGUUAUUGCCCAACCUUAAACCCAAGUUCUUAUUAUGCAUGGAAUGAUUCAAGAGUUAUUUAUACUAAUUUGUGUUACAAUAAAUCUGAGGACAUAGACCCCAAUAAUUCUAGUAGAGGAAGUUAUAUGAUAAAUAAAAAUAUGGAGUUAAAAAAUAGCGAUAAGAAAGUUUCAAUUAGAAAAAGAGCAAGUGGAUGUGAACAUCUAAUGUUUCAACAAAAUAUUAUGAAGCAAAAAAAUUUAUCUAAAAAAAAAAAAUUGUUGAAAAAAAAAAAAAAAAUGUUAAAAGAAAAAAACAAAUUAUCUAAUCAACAUAAUAAUAAUAAAGGUAUCUAUAAUGAAGAAAUAGAACAUAGUGAUAAUAAUUAUAAUAUAUAUUGUCAAGUAAAUAAAAACGAUUACAUAAGUGAUCAAUAUAUUAAUGAAAUAAAAAAUAAGGAUAAUAACAGUAAUUCUUAUUAUCCUAAUAUAUUUUUAACAAAAAGCAAAAAAAGUGUUUACCAAAAUAAAAAUGACGAUAAUGCUAUUCCUAUUAUGACUAUAAAUACAUCAUUGUAUAGACAUAAUAUGGAUAAUAAAUAUAACUGCAAUAAUACCGCAAAUGAUUAUAUUAAAAAUAAAGAUAAUACAAUAAAAUUUUUUGCUUCUCCUAAAAAAACAAAAAAAAAUAAUUCUAUCAAAAAAUCUCUUAAUAAUUCAGAUUGUUUCUAUUUUUUUAAUUACUCUAUGAUUAAUUCAGAUAAUAUAUAUAAUAAUAAUUUUGAUAGCUUUGAUUCCAGAAAUUCAAUGAAUUGCAGCAAUGAUAACAUAAUCCAUUUUAAUAAAAAUAUUUUUAAAGGAGACAAUAUAAGAAAUAAAAAUGAAAUAGAUGUACAAAACUCUUAUGAUAACAAUAAGUUAAACUCUGAAAAAAAUACUCAAAAUGCAUGUGGAAAUUUGGAAACUAAUAAAAAUAAUUUUAGCAUGAACAUAUAUGAGAUGAAAAAUAGUAAAAAUACUUAUGUAAUCAAUAAAACUAAUAAUAAUAUGAACUAUACUCUAAGAAAUGAUAAUAAUUGUGAAAACCAGAAUAAUAUAAAAAACUCAAAUGAUCUUACUCAAUCAUUUCAUAAUAACAAAAAUAAAAAUAGUUGCAGAGAUAAUAAUGAUAAUUUUUAUAAUAAAAAUAUAAAUGAUAGCAGUGUAAAAAGUACCACGUUUAAUAAUAUAGGAAUACAUAAUGAAAAAGAAAAUAAUAAAAUAAAUAAAGAUAAAAGCAGUAGUAACAGUAGUUAUAAUAAUAAUGGAAUCAAUAGUAAAAACAAUAAUGACAAUGACGAUGAUAAAAAGAAUAGCAAUAACAACAGUAACAAUAGUAGUAAUAGUAAUAAUAAUAAUAAUAAUGAAAAAGAAUGGUUUCAUAAGAAUAAAUUUGUUAGUAAAAAUUACUAUGAAACAGACCAAAUGAAACUUAUUUCCAGUGAUUUUAAUAAUUUGCAAAAUAAUGAACUAAAUAAUUAUCAGCAAUUUGAAAAAAAUAGGGAUAUUCAAAGUAAAUUAUCAGACCCUAAUUUCUCUGAAAAAAGCAAAAAUAAAAAAAAAUUUAAUAUUAAACAAAUAAAAGAAAAAUAUGUGAAUAUAUGUAAAAAUCAAAAUGUAAACGAAAAUUACCAUAAAACUUCUAAAUACAAUUAUGAAACAAUUUCGAAUAAUAAUUCUACCAUUAAUAAAACAGGAAGUGAAUGUUUUCAAAAUAAAAGUUCAUUAAAUUCAGUUAAAAUAGAAAAUAACAAUAUAAAUAAAAACAUUGUCAGGGAAUCUGAAAAAAAUAACAAAAUUUUAAAAAAUUUUAAAGAUACUCCAAGUGAUAAUAUACUAAAGUUAACACAAAAAAAUAUUGAUAAAAAAAAUAUAUCAGAAAAGAAAAUUAGAAGCAAUAUAUCAUUGUACUCAAAAAACAAUGACACUGAUGCUUCUUUAAGCACUUCUAAUUCAAAAAGAUUAAGUAAUAGUAAUUUUAGUGUAAAUCAAAAUAGAAAAAUUAGAAGAUAUACAAAUCAAAUGUCCCUCGAAGAUAAUAAUAUAUCUAUUGAACAAUCCGAACAUACAGGAGAAAGUAAUAAAAAAGGAAGUAAUGAAACUCUUUCUAGUAGAACUAGCGAAACAUCAAUGUCAAGUGCUUUUAAGAUAGCUACAUCUGUUUUUAAAAAAUUAUUUUAG